UGUCGCCAGACCAUAACCUCUGUUGUUACUAGUAUUGAUUUUGACGAAUAAUAAACACAUCCAGAACAUAAAUAGGACUUUUUAAAGGUGCAAGUGGUGAUUUUGCGGGAUCGGUGAACGGAAAAAAAGUGGUAUCCCAGAUGUCGGAAGUACGCAAACGACGGGAUUCCGAUCCGAAACCACCGGAGUCGGCGGAAAGCGAUCAUAUUGACAGUGAAGAUGACAAAAUUGAACAGAAACUAUCGACCGAUUUAUCCAGCACCAUUCCCAGUGGUACGGACAAGGCACCCGGUCUAUUGGCCACCUGUUUGCAAGAUCUCCCCGACAAAUGGCGAAAUUGGGUGAUACGGGGCAUUUUUAGUUUGAUCAUGAUAGGUUUCUUCUUUUUAGUCAUAUACGGAGGUCCCCUAGCUCUUAUGUUAACCACUCUGAUGGUCCAAGUUAAAUGUUUCCAAGAGAUCAUUAACAUCGGUUAUGCGGUUUACCGCAUACAUGGAUUGCCGUGGUUCAGAUCCCUUUCCUGGUAUUUCCUAAUCACCUCCAACUAUUUCUUUUAUGGGGAGAAUCUGGUUGAUUACUUUGGAGUAGCCAUUAAUAAAACUGACUUCUUGAGGGUGUUGGUGAUCUACCACAGAUUCAUCUCCUUUUGUUUAUACUGCGGAGGCUUUGUCUGGUUUGUACUUAGUCUGGUGAAGAAGUACUACAUGAAACAGUUCUCGCUCUUCGCCUGGACCCACGUUGCCCUUUUGAUCGUUGUGAUCCAAUCAUAUUUAAUUAUCAAGAACAUAUUCGAGGGAAUGAUAUGGUUCAUCGUGCCGGUCUCGAUGAUCAUUUGCAACGACAUAAUGGCUUAUGUGUUCGGUUUCUUCUUCGGUAAGACACCACUCAUCAAACUCAGUCCGAAGAAAACAUGGGAAGGCUUUAUUGGCGGUGGAAUAUCCACUGUCAUCUUUGGAUUUGGUAUUUCGUAUGUCAUGUGCCAAUAUCCAUAUUUCGUGUGUCCUGUUGAAUAUAAAGAAUCGUCUGAUGGCAUGGGAUUGGAUUGUGAACCAGGAGCACUAUUCAGACUUACUAGCUACAAUUUGCCAUCCUUUUUAACUGGAAUAUUGUCCUUGUUUGGUUUACCUGACACCAUCUCAGUGUACCCCUUCAUGAUACACUCGCUAGCCCUGUCAGUUUUCAGCAGUGUUAUUGGUCCAUUCGGCGGCUUCUUUGCUUCUGGUUUCAAACGAGCAUUCAAAAUAAAGGACUUUGGUGAUGUAAUUCCUGGCCACGGGGGUAUUAUGGACCGAUUUGACUGUCAAUUUCUCAUGGCAACCUUCGUUAACGUCUACAUUAGUAGCUUCAUUCAAACCGACAGUCCACAGAAACUCCUCUCUCAAGUCUUGUACAUGAAACCCGAACAGCAACUUCAACUAUUCCACAUGCUGAAGGAAUCUCUAGAAAAUAGAAAUAUUCUGGCGGUGGCCAAUCCCUAAGCGGAUGGUAAUACUUGAGUUUUGCUCUCUACGCCGGAAAAUCAAUUUGACUGGAAGAAUACCCUGGUGGGUCCAAAAUAUAAGCGAGUAAUUAUUAAGAGAGCCCGUGCAAUUUUGUAAAGUGUACCUUUAAAAAGAGACAACCCAAAUUAACGUAUUUAUUGUUUUAAUUUAUGUUUUAGCAAUGUGGAUUAUUAUAAAUAUUGUUCUAGUCAUAGUUUCAUAAAUUGUAAUCAAGUAUUGGUAUUGAAUGUUUUGUGCUUCCCAAUUACUAGUCUGAAAUUGUUUUCAAUUAUCUCCAAUCCAAUUAUAUCCACUGCUCAUCAAUUUAUAGAUCGCCGGAUCUAUUUUAGGAAUUGAUUGUUUUAUUAAUAUUAGUUUUAACUGUACUUAUUUACAUGUUAAGCAUGCAUUUACUUUGUCAAGUAGGCAAUGUUGUAUACCAUAUACUAUAGCUAUUAAACUUCACAAAAAUCAUUGAAAGUAAGAAAUAUUAAUGCAAUAGUCGUGCAUUUGUUUUAUCAUACAUAUCAACUUGAUUGUUUCAUAAAACGCUUCUUCUGAUAUAAGCUUAAACAUCUAAUUCCUGCUUAAAAACAGAUGAACACUGCAUUGUAUUUUAAAAUUCACUACAAAAUAGUAUUUAGGACAGGGUACGAAAUUGACUGAUAACUGGGAAGGCUGCAGUAUUCUAUUGAUUUUUGUGUUGUUCUAAAAGCUAUUCUUGUUAUUUAUAUUUACAUGAUUCCAAUUAAAAUAAUUUAUCUAUAUAUACACGUAUUAUUUUCUUCUUAUAUUUUGUUAAAAAAAUCUACAGGUUAUAUAUUUUUAUUUUAUUAUAUACGUACACACGUGCCCUUAUUGAUGUGAUUUGUUUGGUUCUUAGAAAGUUUCCUUAUUGUUGAAUUGUUUAUAUGUAUAUCGAGUAUAUAAAAUACAGGGGCAAUGGAAAGUAUUAUGUUCCUUUUUAAGUGUUUAAUAUAUAAGUACAUCUUUAUGAACAACAUGUUUGGUUUUAUAAACCAUUUUAUAGAGUAUGAUCCCAAGAUUAUAUAAAUGUUAUAGUGAGAUGAUGUUAUUUAAGCAUUUAUUGUGUCUAGAAAUGUGAAUUAUAUUCGUUAGAUGUAUACAUAUUGUAGACUGUGCUUUAUUCAAUGUAAAUAGCAUUGUGGUCAAUAAACUCCAAUAUCUACUUA